CUCGCGGCUGUGGUCCGGCCUACGGUGCAGAGGCCUGGCUGGGCCCCAUCGCGGGCCUACACGGCCCUGGCAGGCCCCGAUGGGAUCCUGGAGGACAGUGCCUUGGAGACGGUGGCACUGUUGGGGAGGGGGCACGCCUUCAGAGGUGCAAUGUCCCGAGGAUGUCUGCAUUGUCAAAUCUACGCGAAGAUGUUUCGAGUUUUAUGUCACCUUUUUUCUUUAGGGACGCUCAAACCAGACAACUGCAAGAUGCUGUCACAAAUGUGGAGAAGCAUUUUGGGGAGUUGUGCCAAAUCUUUGCUGCUUAUGUGCGGAAAACUGCCAGACUGCGAGACAAAGCAGACCUCUUGGUGAAUGAAAUUAACAUGUAUGCCUCUACAGAGACCCCACAUUUAAAGCAAGGCCUGAAAAACUUCGCUGAUGAGUUUGCCAAACUUCAGGAUUAUCGACAAGCAGAGGUUGAAAGACUUGAAGCCAAAGUGAUUGAACCUUUAAAAGCUUAUGGAGCAAUUGUAAAAUUGAAACGGGAUGAUCUCAAAGCAGCGUUAACAGCAAGGAAUAGAGAAGCUAAGCAGUUGACGCAGUUAGAAAGAACUCGUCAGAGAAACCCAUCGGAUCGGCAUGUAAUUUCACAGGCAGAAGCUGAAUUACACAUAGCUUCCACAGAUGUUACCCGAACAACUCGUCAUCUGGAGGAAACGAUUGACAAUUUUGAAAAGCAGAAAAUAAAGGAUAUCAAGAAUAUAUUUUCAGAAUUUAUCACAAUUGAAAUGUUAUUUCAUGGCAAAGCUUUAGAGGUCUACACUGCUGCCUACCAAAAUAUACAAAAGAUUGACGAGGAUGAAGAUUUAGAGGUUUUCCGAAAUUCUCUGUAUCCACUAGAUUAUCCAUCUCGUUUAGAUAUUGUAAAAGCAAAUUCAAAGUCACCUCUUCAGCGAUCAUUGUCAGCUAAGGGUGUAUCUGGAACAGGACAGGUAUCUACCUGUCGAUUAAGAAAGGAUCAACAUGCAGAAGAUGAUGAAGAUGAAGAGGCAGACUUUACAGAAGAAGAAAAUUAAUUUUAAUUUCCCCAUGUCCAUUUUCAUCUUAAAUGACUUGAAAACUUUAUACUCACUUGAUAAGUUAAACCUCAAAACAAAACCCUACCAUAAAUGCAAAAAUAAAGGAAAUUUAUGCUGACCAAAAAUUAAGUUUUUAAAAA